CCGCGGAGCAAAAACACUGUUGUCUGACUCGGGCCGGUGUCGGCCGCGGCCGGCGAGGAGGACCGGCGAAAGACCACGUUUGUGCUCUCUAUAAAUAUUUAUUUUCACGAGGGGAUUCGUUUGGAUCCGCUCCCCUUGGAAGAGUUCAACCAAAGUCUGUGUUUGUUUGUCUUGAAAGAGCUCGCAUCUCUUUCUCUCUCACUUCAUCCGCUGCAUUAAAAUUCCCAAGUCUUCUCUGCAUUUUCACAUCUAUUUAAUGAUUGAUAAAAAAGAUUGAAUAGAUAGAUUAUUGAGGCCCUGAUUUUCCUUUCAGUAUUUCCUUUCUGCGUCCUUCGUCUGUUCACGCUCCCCUCUUUUGACCGGCGGCUUUACCACUUAAUGAUUGAACCGGAGUCAUUGGAUUUAAGAGUUAAUGAUUAAAGUCUUGGUGCAGGUGGAGCGCUCAGUAAAACCAAGUUCGGCUCGCUCCUCUUUUACUUCCUCUGCUCUUUAAAUUGAUGCUCCUUGUGACCAGUGUUGCCGAUGUGCGCAACUACGAUUAAACGAUGAACAUCAGAUUAUCAAGCCACCAGAUGCAGGAGCUGGAGCAGAGGGUGUUGGAGGCCGACCAGCGGGCGGAGAGCGCCGAGAAGCAGAUACACGUCAUGGAAGAAAAGCUGAAGUCGGCGAACGUACAAACCAGCGAGUGCGAGAGCUCGCUGUGCAGAAAGUACCAGGACCUGACCAGUCAGGUCCAACAGAGAGACGCUGCGAUACAGAGACUAGAGAUGCAGCUGGAAAAGCAGAUCUUAGUCAGGGCCCAGGAGGCCAAAAGCAUUGAGGAGAAGGCGGCCAAGAUUAAAGACUGGGUCACCUUCAAGCUGAGAGAGAUGGAGCAGGAGAACCAGCAGCUCAAGAUGUCCAACUUGAAGCAAACGGAACAGAUAAUGUCGCUGCAGGACAAACUCCAAUCUCUCUUAGAGAAACCUGCGUCCUCGGGGUCCCCUGCCACCUCCCCGGUAAUGGACGCCCACCUGGUGCCCAACAGCCCCCUGUUCCCCCCCAGCUGCCCGGGCACACCACCCGCCCAGGACGACGGCUGGAGACACGCGGGUCCUCGCGGGGCCGCCUCUCAUAUCAAGAUCUCGCCAGCAGACGUGAAGGUCAGCGUAGGGAUUUGCCUCGGGGACCUUGCGGCCCACGAUGCUCUCUGUCAGGGCCGGAGCCGCGAGGGGCCCGGCAGCCCGGAGCUCCCCGUGUGCCCAGCGGGUCCGGCGGGAUGCUCGGACAGGGACAACUCCUCCGACGAGCUCAACAGCAAGUUCCGCUCUCAGUGCCUUCACUCGUCCUCGUCCUCCUCGUCCUCGUCCUCGGCGUACGAGAUGGCCCUCGGGCCGAGCUCCCCGGAGCCGUCCGUCAGGAUGACACCGAGCAGCCCGCUCCUGUCGCGCUCCCCGUCGACCAACAAUCCCUUCCCCAACCCGCCCGCGCCUCUGGUCCACCAGUCGGGCACCAGCAUGACGUUGCCCAAAGUGCGUACGCCGCUCACGCCCAGAGACAGCAUCCAGCUGGUGAAGAAGCACUACAGCCAGCCGCAGCCGAGCCUGGACAGACUCCACCACCUCAACGUGAGCGUAGACAUCGUGAGCCCGUCGUCCACCUCCUCCACGCUGAAGAGCACCGGCACCAUCACCUCGCCCUUCUCCCAGGUUGUGGAAGAAACGGACAUUGACGACGGGCUCCCCGACAGCAUGGACGGGGUGGUGGAGGGGUCGGGCUCGGAGGAGUCGUCCCGGGACGGGGUCUCCUUCGUGGGGCUUGCGGAGGAGCUGGAAAUUCUCAAGCCGCCAACGCCUCCUUUACAUCGCUUCCCCUCAUGGGAGAGUCGUAUCUAUGCUGUGGCCAAGUCGGGAAUGCGAGUAUCAGAGGCCAGUCCCGGAGCCAGGGGCCCCGGACGAGGGUCCAACUUACCCCAGUAUCCUGCGGCGGGUCCGUUCACGCAGUUGAUCUACAAGAAUAUUAAUGUACCGGUCUACACCACACUGAAAGGGAAAGCCACUCAGAUCAGCAGUGUGCCUCUGCCUGACGACGACUCCGGGUCGGAGGAUGACAGCGGCUCUCUGGCCAGUUUGCGAACCUCCAUCCUGAGCCCGGAGAGGAAGACCAGCGUCCCCGGGAGCCCGCGGGCCGCCAAGCGAGGUGUGUCCAUGUCCUCCAUAAGCUCCGAAAGCGACUACGCCAUUCCUCCCGAUGCCUACUCCCUGGACAGCGACUACUCGGAGCCGGAACAUAAAGUCCAGCGGACCUCCUCCUACUCCUGUGAAAGCUCCGGGCCUGAGACGCUGGAGAAGUCCGGGUACCUGCUGAAGAUGGGCAGCCGGGUGAAAGCGUGGAAACGCCGCUGGUUCAUCCUGAGGAACGGGGAGAUCCUCUACUACAAAUCUCCGAGCGACGUGAUCAGGAAACCUCAGGGUCAGAUUGAACUCAACUCAUCCUGCAGUAUAGUGCGCGGAGAGGGUGCGCAGACAUUUCAAUUGAUCACGGAGAAGAAGACCUUCUACCUAACCGCGGAUUCACCCAACAUCCUGGAGGAGUGGAUCAGGGUGCUGCAGAACAUACUCAAGGUCCAGGCCAGCAGCCCAGUUGCCGCGGAGACCACGGCCAAGCCCACCGUGAGAGGUUGGCUUACGAAGGUCAAACAUGGGCACUCGAAGCUGGUGUGGUGUUCUCUGGUCGGAAAGGUCUUCUACUACUAUCGCAACCAGGAGGACAAGUUGCCUCUGGGUCAGCUGCAGACGCGGGAGGCGUCGGUGCAGGAGGUGGACCGCUCCUGCGAUUCGGACGAGGACUAUGAAGCGGGCGGCCGCGGUUUCCUCUCCUCCCACUGCACCUUGGUGGUCCAGCCCCGAGACCAGAGUCCUACGUACCUGCUGAUCGGCACCAAGCAGGAGAAGGACACGUGGCUGUAUCACCUGACUGUGGCUGCCGGCAGCUGCGCGACCUUCAAGGUGGGCACAGAGUACGAGCAGCUGAUCGGUAAACUCCUUGACGCAGAGGGAGACCCGGAAUCGGCCGCGUGGAGGAGCGAGGCCUUGAGCUUCUGCAAGGAGGGUCUGCGCUCGCCCCUCACCACCCUGCCCUCCGAGGCCCUGCAGACAGAGGCUCUCAAGCUCUUCAAGUCCUGUCAGCUCUUCAUCAACGUGCUGGUCGAGUCCCCGUCUGUCGACUACCACACGUCGCUGGCCCAGAACGCUUUGCAGGUGUGCCUGACCCACCCGGAGCUGCAGAACGAAAUGUACUGUCAGCUGAUCAGGCAGACAAACCGCCGCACGCCACACAACCACUCCCUCACGCAGUGCUGGCAGCUGUUGUCUCUGUGCGUCGCUCUGUUUCUUCCUCAACAACAUUUCCUCUGGUACCUGAGACAGUACCUGCAACGCAACGCUGACCCGAGGAGUGAGGUAGGGAAGUACGCCGUGUACUGUCAGAGGUCCGUGGAGCGAACCCUGCAGAAUGGAGAGCGGGAGGCCAAGCCCUCGCGCAUGGAGAUCGUCUCCAUCCUGCUGAGGAACCCCUACCACCACUCACUGCCGUUCAGCAUCCCGGUCCACUUCAUGAACAACACCUACCAGGUGGUGGGAUUCGACGGCUCCACCACAGUCGACGAGUUCCUCAACACGCUGAACCAGAGGAUCGGCAUGAGGAAGCCUCAGCUGUCGGGGUUCGCCCUCUUCACCGACGACCCGUCCGGCAAAGACCUGGAGCACUGCCUGCAGCCGUCGGCCAAGAUCUGUGAUGUCAUUUCCAAGUGGGAACAGGCUCUGAAGGAGCUGCACCCUGGGAAAAACGAGGGGACGCGGAUCGUUCGGCUGACGUACAAGAGCAGACUGUGUUUCAGAACUCAGGUGAAAGGAGAGACGGAGCGGGAGCGCCUCCUGCUGGCGUACCAGGUGAACGAUGAAGUUCAACAAGGCCACUUCCCUGUGAACAAAGAGCUGGCUCUCGAGGUGGCCGCCCUCAUGGCACAGGUCGAACACGGUGACUUGGAGCGACCCGCCGCCUCCUCUCCCUCCGGCUCGCCUCAGCCCAAAUCCCAGCUGAUCCUCCUGCAGGCCUUGGAGCGCUUCCACCCCAAACGCUACAAACAGGACUGCAGCUCCGAGCAGCUCAGGGACCUUACUGAGCGGCUGGCCACUAAGUGGUCCAUGCUACGUGGGUGCAGUGCAUCCGAGUGUGUGAGAAUAUACCUGACGGUGGCUCGGAAAUGGCCCCUGUUCGGAGCCAAACUCUUCAGUGCCAAGCCCGUCCCCCCGUCUCCUGUGGAGCAGAGUCAGGUGUGGCUGGCAGUCAACGAGGACGGACUGUGUGUGCUGGACUACACAAUGCACACGCUGGUCACGUACUCCUACCAGGGUGUGAUCACCUUCGGGGGCUGCCGGGACGACUUCAUGGUGGUGGUGAGCCAGCAGAGGGAGCCGGGAGUCGGCAAGAAGAGUGUGGAGAAGCUGGUCUUUGGGAUGACUAAACCGAAGAUCCUGGAGCUGACUCUGCUCAUGGCCAGCUACAUCAACCACUGGAGCCCCGGCCCCCCGUCGGCCUCGCCCCCGCCGCUCGGCCACUGGGACGUCGACAGCAGGCACUUCCCCGCCAUGAACUACACCACCAAGGGCCCCACGCUACUGUGAAUCCUGCGGGUGUCGAGAGCACCGAAGACUGUCUGGACCGCGGGGAGGCUUGGACGACGGCACUUACGUUUGAAGCUGUUUUGUACGCAAUGUACGAAAAAAUGUCUGCAGACAACAUUUGCAGACGUUUGCGUGUCUCGCAUGCAUCCCCAUCCGGACAAGUUCAGGAAAACGUCCGGACUUCAGUGCGUAUCUGAAAGCAGCCUCGGCCCACACUCAUCUGGAGUGCGGCGGGUUUCAUGUCCGGGUUUUUCCAUUCGUACAGAACCAGGUACUAUAGGAUAUUAUUAUUUUUAUAUAUAUAUAUACACUCGUUUCAUAAGUGUUUUCUCAUGAAGAUUUAGAUAUAGAAAUAUUAGAUUCAGUCUUGUUAGACUCGGUUGCCACUUCCUGUCACACUUCCUUCAUUUUUCCAGCCUUUACAGAUCUCAGACUCUUUUCUUAAACAAAAAAAGAAAAUAUUAAAGCUGUUGCCCGAGAGCCUGGUUUGCGGAAAUACAGUGUCACUGUAAUUGUUCACCAUGAAUUUUCACACAUACUUGACAAUGAACUUAGACUUUAAAAAAAUGUUGGGUCCUGUGCAAUUAGAACUAGGGACUGAUAGGGUAAGAAAUACCACAGAUUCAUUGUUUUUAUUGUCGUCUUGUACUAUAAUCCAUGUCCAAUAUUACUAUGAUUUAGGGCUGCAACUAACUUUUAUCUGUUAAACUUAUGAGUUUGGUUUUUUUUUUUUAAAUCAAUGACUGCUCAGAAAAAGUUUAUCACAGAUUCCCAGAGCCCAAGUUGACAUAUUCAGAUUCAAUCAAACAAACCCCAAAAUAAUAAUUAAUAAUUAUUUUAACUGUCAUAGAAAAUUUAAAAACAAGAUGAAGUUUUGACACAUUUGCUUAAAUACAAAUGUUGCAGAUUCAUUUUGUGUCCAUUGACUAAACAAUGAAUCAGCUCCACCUUAGCACACAUUUAUAUUCCUUAUAAAAUAGGGGGGUGGGUUUGCUAUGGAACUUUUGAUUAUCCUUUUAAUAUCUUUAAUGUGAAAGUGAAUAUUUAGCUUAUCUAGUAUAAAGCAGGACAAAAAGUUAGUGAACUUAUGUGAACAAUUUUGCCAAGAUCACCUAUUAAAAUUGUACUCAAUAAGGCAAUGGGAAAGAAAAGUUAUAAAACAGUGAUAUACUGUACGUCUAAUGCAUCUGUGAAAUUUUGUAGCAGUGCAUUGUGUUUAUAUUUUUAGUUGUCUCUGAAAACUUUCCUUUUCAUCGUCGGAUCACUCAGUGUUUUAAUCAACGGUCAGGUAUAAAAGGAGAGAAACAGAUCCUUUUUUUUUAAAGCGCAACCAAAAUAUUUCCAAUGACUUGAACUGUUUUGGAUCAAACCACUGUCGUGCUCGUAUAUCCAUAUUAGUUUAUUUAUUUUAUUUCUUACAUAUUUUGGGGGCUGUUGCUUAAAAGGAGAUGAUUCCCACAACUGCCUCACGUUUGUCUGGGGGAAAAAACCUUCCAGCUUUGUUGAUGUAGCAGAUUAAUUUAAGAGCAGAGUCAGUCUGUUACUGCACCUGAACUAGAAUAUGGAACAAAUGUUUGAAAGAUGUCGGUGUCUUUAUGUCGGCUGUACUGUAUGUGUACUGUAUGUGUGUGUUGUAAUAAAAUACAUGAUACAUCCUCCCAUUGA